AAGUCCACAUCCUCUAUUUCUCUCCCCUUUCUCUUCACCUUCUCCACCUUCUCUCUAGCCGAUCGGUAACGAACGCCCGGUAGAUAUCAGUUAGGCGAAGCGGUUUGACAAUUUUUACUGGUUGGUUCUCUGCCGCCAUUAAUAUCUGACAAAUUGCUCUCAAUUAAACCCUAUCUCUUCACAAUUUGGACAAUUGACGUUGUUGCCACCAAGCGGCGAAGCCAUCUAUCCGCCGCCCCAAGCUCCGGUUGACUGCCCCGGCGGCCACGCGAAGCCGCUCUGUCCGCCAGUCGUUCGCCCUUAUAAAUAGCUAGAAUGAAGUAAAAAUAAAUAAGUGGAAAGCUAGUUGCAGAGAAUAUGGCUCCUCCAACCUUCAUAAUCUUGGCAUCUCUAUUCAUCAUAUCUAUUAUUGCUUCUUUUAUCAUCCAAAGCAAGAAGAAAAGAUCUCGGAAUCUUCCUCCCGGGAGCUUCGGAUGGCCGAUCAUUGGCGAAUCACUAGAGUUCCUCCGCAGAAACCGCGAAGGGAGACCGGACAAGUUUGUGACAGACAAGUUGAAAAAGUACAAUUCGGACGUGUUCAAGACUCACUUGAUGGGUGAGCCGGUGGUUGUCCUAAGGGGCCCCACAGGGAACAAGUUUUUGUUCAGCAAUGAGAACAAGCUCGUCACGUCAUGGUGGCCGGCCUCCAUUCAGAAGUUGCUCGGAGUUUGUUUAGUGACUUCCGUGGGCGAAGACGCCAAACAGAUGAGGAAGCUUAUGUCAUACUUCAUGGGCCCGGACGCGCUCCAACGGCUUUAUCUCAAAACCAUGGAUUUCGUCACUCGGCAACACAUUCAAUCUCAUUGGCACAACAACGCGGAAUUGAAGGCGCUCCCCCUCGUCAAGAUGUACACGUUCGAGCUAGCUUGUCGCUUGUUUAUGAGCAUCGAAGACCCGCACCUGAUAAACCGGCUUUCUCACCUCUUCAACGUUGUCCUCAAGGGGAUCAUAUCGCUCCCAAUUAACCUCCCCGGGGCGCGAUUCCGGCGUGCAAUGCAAGCAGCCGCCUUGAUAAGGGAGGAGCUUCUUGAGAUUGUGAAGCAGAGAAGAGAAGAUCUGAAGUCGCACCCCUCCCAGGGGCGCGAUCUUCUCUCCCAUUUGCUUCUCACCCCUGACGAGGGUGGGAACUUCAUGUCCGAACUCCAUAUCGCGAACAACAUACUCCUACUUUUGUUCGCGGGCCACGACACAUCCAGCGUCACUAUCACUCUAUUGAUCAAGAAACUCGGAGAGUUGCCGCACGUUUACGAAGAGGUCCUUCGAGAGCAGAGAGAAAUCGCAGGGUCGAAAGAGGCAGGAGAGUUUCUGCAUUGGGAUGACAUACAGAAGAUGAAGUACUCGUGGCACGUCGUCUCCGAAGUCAUGAGGCUAUACUCCCCCAUCUUCGGGACCUUCAGGGAGGCGCUUGAGGACGUAAACUACGAAGGCUAUGUCAUCCCCAAAGGCUGGAAGUUCUACUGGAAUGGUCCGAUCACGCACCUGGAUGGAGGCUUCUUCCGAGACCCAACGCGCUUCGAUCCCUCAAGAUUUGAAGAUGACGUGCCCACACCUUACACAUAUGUGCCGUUCGGGGGAGGCCCGAGGAUGUGCUUGGGAAAAGAGUUUGCUCGCCUCGAGAUACUCACAUUUUUGCACAAUGUGGUUACGCAGUUCCGGUGGAGUUUGCUCAUUCGUGACGAGAAGAUCGAAUACGACCCUAUGCCCAUCCCGGUCGAAGGCCUUCCCAUUCGUCUUCAUGCUCACAAACAAUGAAACUCUUACUUCUGUUCAGAGUUCACGCUUUAUUUGACAGACUAUAAUUAUAGCUCAAUUUAAGAGAUAUUGACCCAAUCCAAGAAGCAAGACCAUGAAGGAAGCAUUUGCAAACCCUAACCCUAGGGGUUCCUUACUCUACUAUUGAUAGAGGCUACGAGCCAAGGAGAACGGAGAGCCUCCAUCAUUAUCCAACACACAUACACACAACACAUCUCUCUCCAUAUGUUGUUCACUUUUUUAUAGAGUUUCAAGCUCCAUCCAUGGUUAUCAGUUAUCACGCUUAUGUAUUGUACAUGUACAUCCCUGAUCUAUAAUAAUACACCCCUUGGCAUGGUACCACCGAAAAAGGUUGGUGAUUUUCUCUCAUUUAAGGUUUCCACAUAAAUGCCCUUGUGUUCAUAUUGUUAGAUUCGACAAUUAUAUUGAGUGAUAUUCAUGUGAAGAGUAAUUCGUUUAUGUCUGUGGAUUAUAAGUCCAUCACUUUCUAGUAUUUUUUGUUUCGUUCCUUUUAAGAAAAACAUACCCCCCUGUCCCUAAUGAAAAUUGUGAUAUGAUUUUACGAAGUUUAAGAUUGUUAUUGAAAUGUGAAUAAUAUAUGGAUAUAAUUUGUUUCUCUCAGAGCUUUCUCUAUCAGUGGAAAACACCUCUUUUUUUUGCAUGCUAUGAAUCCAGAGCAGUUGUGGUUAUUUAUAUUGGUCCUUUCACAUCACCAUAUAAAUUCGGAUUUGAUUUGUGUUUAUUGCUUUCGCAGAAUGUUGGAUUGGAUUGAAUGUCACCCACUAAAUCCAACAAAAGUAAGGAGUGAGAUGUUCUAUGGGAAAUCAAGUGGGAUGUACACAGUACACAAUGAGUAAAUAUAGGGUUUCAACUGUUUAUAGCCAGUUGUAUCUGUUUGAAGGUCCAAAGAAUUACACUUCUAGCACUCAUUAUUCACCGUGUUAGAAUUGGUGGUA